AUGAUGAUGGUGGAAGAAGAAGAAAAAGAAGAAGAAGAUGAUGAUGAUGAUUUAUGGCGUGAAGCCAAUUGGGAUGUCAAAUGUUGGAUGUUUGCAUCCAUGAACCCUGAACUGCAGAAAAGGUUCAUCAACUCGGAUGCUUAUCAAAUCAUCUUGGAGUUGAAGAAUAUGUUUCAGGAACAGGCCAGAAAUGAAAGAUUUGAAACUCAGAGGUUGAUCCUUGAGACAAAGAUCAAGAAAGGAGAACCGGUGAGCGAGCAUGUUCUUAAGAUUAUUGGAUUGUUUGAGAACAUGAGGGCUCUAGAUUCUGAUGUCUUCAAUGAGAUGGUCAUUGACAUCAUUCUCCAUUAA